CAUGGAAAGUGAAAGUAAAGAAAUUUUAUCCUACAUAAAUAAACUUAGUAAGGUAAAAUGAGUUCCGAUGAUAUCAAAAUGAUUUUGAGAAAAUUUUACAUUGCAUUACGAACAAAUGUCCAUCCUUGUGCAGUCACACCAGUAAUUGAUGGCCUCACAAUUUUUGAUAAGCAACAAAUUGAAGCAACAGCAAAGAUGGAUGGUGAUAUGCUUGGGAACGAUAAAUUGCUAGACACACUUGGACGUCGCACGACAAGAACAUUUUUGUCAUUUGUUACAGUUUUACAAGAGUAUAAUCAUGAUUUGGCAGUUGAUAUUAUUCAAUACACCCGAAAUUAUUUCCCACAUAUAUACACAAGCAUUCAGAAUUUUCAACAUCAUAAUCAAAUACCUUCAGCAACAGUAAGACCUUCAGUUGCUUCUAGCUCAGAUGCACAGAAUUAUCCACAUGAGAGACACAGUAUUCAUGAAAGAACAACAUUUAAUCAGCGUUCUGAUGCAGGCUCACAGCAGGCCUUUAUCAUAAGAGAAGAAUCUACAGACAUAUACACCAGAGCUGCUUUCAAUGUUCAGUCUUUUCAUAGAACUUCUGAAGUCAGACAAGUAACAUUUUAUGAAGACACAUUGUUGGAAGAUGUUCCAAAUGUGGUAUUCUUGAAAUGGGCUGCAGAGCUUAAUAAAGAAGACAACUGGAAAAAAUUGGCAGAUGUUCUAUCAUUGAGCAGGAAAACAGUUAGAGAACUCAGAAACAAGAGCAAUCCGGGAGAAGAAAUUUUGGAUAUCUUGUGCAAUAAAGAAGAGGUGACUGUAAGAGGAUUACUACAUCUACUAGGGAGUGCUGAACUUAAUGGAUCUGCAGAUAUAGUCAAACAAAGCUUAGGUGUGUAUAGUGAGCGUCCAAAUCAAACAUCAAUUGAGACACAGACCAGUAACCCAGACAACUCGGAUUCAGGAAGACAGCAGUCAUUUCCUAGAACACCACAAACUAAUACAGAUAAGAAUCCACAAGAAACGCCAGGAGGAUAUACGCAAAAGCAACUGAAUUUAGAUUCAAGUGACAGCUCUAUUAACAGCCAAUUAAACAAUGAAGAGAUAGAUGAAAACUCUCCAGUAGGUGCAGAGGGAGGAAACAAAACAUUGAUUAAUAAUUUAAACCGAUCUGAAUAUAAAUUUAGCAUGGUUAAAGAAGUCCAUAUUCAUUUAGGUGGUGAUUCUAAAAGUGAAGAAAUUGUGAAGGAUCCUGAUGAAACAAAAUCAACAGUAACUGCAGUGAACACUGUAACUUCUAAUGACAACACACCAGUGUCACAAGGAAGCAAUAUACAUACACAUUCAAAUUGUUCAGAUCUAAAUAGAAGUCAAAUGAAUACAGGAACAGUAGAAGAUCACCAUGGAAACCCAACUGAUCAAUGUUUGAGACCUAAUUCAACAGAACAUUUUGUUGUUGAAGAAGAUCAACAUCCAUCUCUGGACCAUCUUUUGAUUUCUGGUGGACUUGUACUUGGUCAACCUACAUCAGAUAUGGGAGAAAAUAUUGGAAAAAAUUGUGAACAAGAAUAUGAAGCAUUAAAUGAUGAUUUUUUAAAUCAACCAAAUAUAGACAGUUAUCAAAAUAUCAGGACUGUUAAUCCCUCAGAGGAACUAAACCAAAGUUUAGAACAGCAGGUUAGAUCAUCUGAACAUGAAGAUGGCUUAUUGUUUGGACCAGAAAGGAUACAGCACCCGGAAUCAAGUUCAACACAAGACAACAAUUUUGAAAAAAAUUAUGAACAAGAAUAUGAAGCUUUGAAUAGAGAUGUUGGUAACCAAUAGGUGUUUAAAGGUUAAAUGGAUGCAAAGUGAUAUUGUAUUGUGUUUAACUUUAUAGCUUAUUAAUGUGUCUAUAUAAAUUUUAAAAUGUUUAAAUGACACUAAUUGUAAAUCAUAAUGGAAUGCAAACUGUUGUUGAUAAUUCAAAUGUUUUAUGAAAAAAGUUUCUAAUUAUGUGAACAAAAGUAGUAUAGAUUUUUUGCUUAAAUGACACAUAGGACAACAUGAGUCACUGAUGAGUCUUUUGUAAACAAAACGUGCGUCUGGGGUAUACUUAAUUUAGUCCUGGUAUCUAUGAUGAGUUUAUAUACAUGAGCUUUUGCCACCCAUUGGUGUCAUCCUCAUUGUCUGUCAUCAUUGUGAAUGUUUUUGGAGGUCUUAUCCUCCAAAAACUUAUGAAACAAUUUCAGCAACAAUUGACUGAACAAUCCUUAAAAGAUUAUAAAUUACAACUUAACAUACAUGUAGUUUGCUUCCUUGACUAAAAAUAAAACAUAAUGGCAAGAAUUAUCAGAAGGUCAAUGUCUACAUACUAAAUUUGUUUGAACCAAAAUCUUCAGAUAACUCAGGAGUCAUUGCCCUUGAAAGACAAGUAAAACUGCUAACAACAAAAAUGAUAAGUAUAUAUAUGCAAAUGUAAGAUCGAUAAUAAUUAUACUAUAAACUAUAAUCAUGAUAAUACAUUGUAAUAUUCUCUAUCCUUAUUUUUUUUUCAUGGAACAUUAAAGGGGCAUUUGUCAUGAAGAAGACAAAAAUCGGUUUUGGACAUUUAUGAAAGCUUAAUAUAGAAAUAUUUGUUCUUCUUUAGCAGUCAGUUUGGUUAAAUUUCAUCAAUUUAAGCUAAAGAUAAGAGACUGCUGAUACAUGUAUAUUAUUGGCUUGUGAAUCAAUAAUUCAGCCUCGUUUAGAAGGUAAACAUUGAAAAGUGAAACAAGAUCACAACCAGGAAUAUAAUCAUUUCAUUGACUGCUCUGACCCACAAGAGCUAUCUUAUACAAACAAACUGAAAGACUGUGUCAUAAACUAAGGUGAUAACUUGUUCCAUGAGAUAUUCUGGACAUGUAUAAAAUUGCGAUACAAAAACAUGUAUAAUCUGACAUGAUCAUUAAACUAAAUGAAACUUUGUUUGUUCCCCUUUCUUUGUUAUAUGAUUAAAUAAGAAUUAUCUUUUACUAACAUGAUGAUGAUUUCAGUAACAUUACCUCUCAGCCCCAUUGUAUGGGGUUAAGAUAUUACUAUUAAUAAGUAAUGUUCAGACAUAUUCACAUUAUACAGACUGCAUUACAAGGAAAAGGGUCUCAUUUCACAAAAAAAUUCAAGUAUGAAAAAAACUUAUGUGAGUUAAUUACAUUUCAGUAUACAGCAUGGUUUUGAGGAGAAACUACUGUAAUCGACACUGUAUAAGUGUUUUGGUCACCAUCACUUACUAUCUACAAAAGAAAAUGCCUGUACCAAGUCAGGAAUAUGACAGUGUUAUCCAUUGUUUGAUGUAUUUGAGCUUUUGAUUUUGCCAUUUGAUUAGGGACUUUCAGUUUUGAAUUUUUCUUAUAGUUCAGUAUUUUUGUGAUUUUACAUUUUUUACUGGUUGACCAAUACGUAUUAAUUUUUUAAAUACGAAAUAAAUUGCAUUAUUGGUAAAUUUGCUAUAGCAUAUGAUAAUUUUAUCUGACAGUUUAACUGAGUGGAAAUGCAUGAUGAGUGGUGCAUCAUGCAUGCAUUACAGCAGAGUCUUAUCCAGCUGAUGUGCCUGGUUAAACUUG